AAAUAGGUAUCUACCUAACUAUGUAAUACAUAAUUUAAAAAUAUUUUUUCAUAGUAGGUAAACCACAUCCUUGAACUAUUAGGUAGUGUGACAAAAACACUAAUUUCUCAUAGGGACUUUAUCAUUUCCUUUUGUGGUUUUGUGCUCCGAAACAUACAAUGUUGCACUCGUAACUAUUUGUAGGAAACCAGUAUAUAACACCUUGGUCACAAGUAAUCUUCUCAUUCCCACUUCACAGUCAUUGUGAAGUAGGUAUACAAUAGUCUUCAUUACUUCACCAUUGUGAAGUAGAAAUAGGGUUACCUAUUCCUUUUUGGGAAAAAAGUUUUUAAAAGUCUCAUAAGAGAUUUCACAAUGGCUAAAGUGGAGGACAGUCUCAAACUGCUAUUCGAUCGCCCGGGCGAACCUAUGGUUACACCUAAGGGUGACAACAAUUCACUCUUCCAAGUCACUGAACAGUACCUGGGCGAAGACUACAUGAACAAUGGCAUUGAAAUCAACAAUAGAUUUGGGGACAUGGCGAGUGAGAUUAUUCCAUUGAAGGAUUUGCCGUCACUGCCGCAAUUCAAUCUAGCGCGGCAAUUGCCACAUGAUGCUGAUUUCUCCACAUUGAUCCCUGCACACCAAGAAAUGGCAGAUGAAGUCAUUGAUGAACUUAUAUCUGUUCCGGAGAAUCAACUUCAAGAUUUCCUAUCAACAUGUGUGUACGCUCGCGUGAAUCUUAACCCGCAACUGUUCAACUACAGUUACUCUGUUGCACUCAUGCACAGAAAUGACACAAAAAAUGUACCCAUCCAGAACUUUGCAGAGACCUUCCCAUCUAAGUUUAUGGAUUCUCAAGUGUUUGGUCAAGCAAGAGAGACUGCAGCUGUGGCAGCACAGGGAGGACCUCGUAUUCCUAUCAUCAUUCCGAGAGAUUAUACUGCAACAGACUUGGAUAUUGAGCAUAGAUUGGCCUAUUUCCGGGAAGAUAUUGGUGUUAAUCUACACCAUUGGCACUGGCAUCUGGUUUAUCCCUUCUCCGCUAGGCAACGUCGAAUUGUUGAGAAAGACCGACGAGGAGAAUUAUUUUGCUACAUGCACCAGCAAAUUAUUGCCAGAUAUAACGGUGAACGUCUUAACAACUCUUUACCUAGAGUCAAAAAAUUCAGUAACUGGGAUGAACCAAUCAUUGAAGGGUAUUUCCCGAAACUAGACAGUCUAACAACAUCACGCGGAUGGCCUCCACGGCAAGCAAACAUGCGCUGGCAAGACCUCAACCGGCCCGUUGAUGGUCUCAAUAUUACUGUUGCUGAUAUGCAACGGUGGAGAAGGAACGUUGAAGAAGCUAUUGCCACUGGAAUGGUGCAAAGAGCCGACGGAACAACACAACCCUUAGACCUUGACACACUGGGUAACAUGAUAGAAUCUAGCAUCUUGUCUCCCAAUCCACAACUUUAUGGCGCAUUACACAACAAUGGACACAGCUUCGCUGCAUACAUGCACGAUCCUAACCAUCGCUACCUCGAAAGCUUCAGUGUAAUGGCUGACGAAGCAACAACGAUGCGCGAUCCUUUCUUCUACCGCUGGCACGCCUUCAUUGAUGACCUCUUCCAGAGGUUCAAGGAGUCCACUCACAUACGACCUUACACGCGAUCUGAGUUGGAAAAUCCAGGAGUUCAAAUAACAUCCGCGCGAGUUGAAAGCAGCACUGGUGAACAGAAUAUUCUCAACACUUUCUGGAUGCAAAGUGAUGUUGACCUUUCGCGUGGUCUCGACUUCUCCAACAGGGGUCCCGUCUAUGCUCGUUUUACCCACCUUAACCAUCGACCAUACCAAUAUGUUAUUGACGUGAACAAUACCGGUGACGCUCGGCGCACGACUGUGCGCAUAUUCUUGGCGCCCAAGUUUGAUGAACGCAACCUACCCUGGGUGCUAUCCGAUCAGCGCAAGAUGUUCAUUGAAAUGGACAAAUUCGUCAUUCCACUAAACGCCGGUCAAAACACUAUCGUCCGUCAGUCGACGCAGUCAUCCGUGACCAUCCCAUUCGAGCAGACAUUCCGUGACCUAUCACAGCAGGGCAAUGACCCGCGCCAGAAUGACCUGACCAGCUUCAACUACUGCGGCUGUGGUUGGCCACAGCACAUGCUGGUACCGAAGGGCACGGAACCCGGUACACAGUACGAUCUCUUUGUCAUGCUCUCCAACUACGAUCUUGACAGCGUUAAUAAUCCGGAUGGCUCCACAUUGAGCUGCGUCGAAGCAUCCAGUUUCUGCGGCUUGAAGGAUAAGCUAUACCCGGACAGACGCAGUAUGGGCUAUCCUUUCGACAGACCUUCCAGCAACGCGACCAACAUCGACGAUUUUAUCCUGCCCAAUAUGUUCCGCCAGGAUAUCACCAUUCGCUUGCAGAACGUCACUGAAAUGAAUCCCAAAAAUGCAGUAAACUAAUACAAAAUAUAAGCAAUCGUUCUAUGGGAAGGUAAACAAAUUGGUGCAUAAUUAGAUUAUUUUGAAGAUCAAUAAGUCCAAACGCGAAAAUUUAAUUAUAUUAUUCAUGUAUUGCUUAUUGGCUUAUUCACAAGUUGGUUAACCUGUAAAACCAUAGACAACGCAUCAAGGUUGGCCAAUUGGUAUGAUACUGAAUUAAUGAUCGCUAUGAUUGCAAUCGAGAUACGUAAUAAAGCCAUGAAUAAUAUGUUAGUUACGUUUAAAAUUAUGGUGAUUUUAAAAAUCAGUUUGGUAUACACAUUGUAGACUAAUAACAUAGUCAUAACAAGCCAUUUGUUCACCGUCUCAUUUAAAACAAGAUCCUUAACAAAGUGGAUACAAAAUAGAUUUACAAUUUUUGUUAUAAGUACUUAAAAUACUAAGUACAUUUUGUAUACUACCAAAUACAUAGUUAGUAUGAUUUUAUCUCUAGCAUUAGUUAUGUGAAAGGCUGAUAGGCUUAAGUCUAAUGAAUUUGUAAGUGUUGUACGUAGAUACAUAAUUUUUAGAGCUAAUUUUAAGUACAAUGUGACCCUGUAAUAUAGUAAAGUUUAAUAAAGCAAAUACAAAGA